AUGAAGCGGGCAUCUACGAGGCGAGCGUUCCGCAUUACGACGUCCGAUCUCGACGGAUGGAUCGAACAGCUGUUCGAACGGAAACCGCUCGCGGAAAAAGAAGUCAAGCUCUUGACGAAAAAAGCAAAAGAGAUCCUCAGCAAAGAGAACAACAUCCAUGCAGUCGCUUGUCCAAUUACGGUUUGCGGCGACAUUCACGGCCAGUUCUAUGAUUUGCUCGAGCUCUUCCGAAUCGGUGGCAGGCCUCCAGAUUGCUCGUAUCUCUUCAUGGGCGACUACGUGGACCGAGGACUCUACUCGGUAGAAGUAGUAUCGUUGCUCGUUGCGUUAAAAGUACGCUACAAGGACAAGGUCCACCUGCUUCGCGGGAACCACGAGAGCCGGCAGGUGACUCAGAUCUACGGGUUCUACGAUGAGUGCCUCCGGAAGUACGGGAAUGCGAACGUUUGGAAAGCCUUCACGGAUCUAUUCGACUUCUUGCCGGUCACCGGCUUGAUCAGCAACACCAUUAUCUGCAUGCAUGGCGGACUCUCGCCCAGCUUGAAGACGCUGGACGACAUAAGAACACUGACUAGGAAUAUUGAAGUGCCGACCGAGGGCCCGGUAUGCGAUCUCCUAUGGUCGGACCCCGAGGAUAGACCGGGCUUCAGUGUGUCCCCACGGGGAGCAGGUUACAUUUUCGGUCAAGACGAAAGCGAGAAAUUCUGUCGGAGAAACAACCUCACUUUGAUUUCCAGAGCCCAUCAGCUGGUCAUGGAGGGCUUCAAACCCACACAUAACGAUAAGGUAGUCACUGUGUUCUCUGCGCCCAACUACACGUACAGAUCCGGUAACCUCGCCGCUAUCAUGGAAGUGGACGAUAACCUGCACCGGGGCUGCAUCCAAUUCGAGGCUGCUCCCCGGAAAGCUGACCAGCUCCCACCAAAGAUGAAGAUGGAUUAUUUCACCUAG